AUGAAAUUUCGACAUGGCGGAUAAUUUUUGAUGUAGAUGCGAAGCCGGAUGCGUGUUUAUUAAUUUUACUUUCAUAUAUUGUCAGUUUUAUCAAAUAUAAUGGCGCGAAAUAAGUCUCCCUCGGUUAUUUCGGAUAAGGAUAAGGAUAAAAAGAAACCCAAGGAAAAGAAGAAGAAAGAAUCUGGUUCCAGUAGUAGUGAUAGUAGUGGCAGCUCGUCAGAUAGUAGUUCAUCUAGAUCGUCGUCGCGGUCUUCAUCCAGCAGUUCAGAAAGCUCGUCUCGCUCGUCAUCCAGCUCCAGUUCGUCCAGCAGUAGUAGCAGUACCAAUGAUAGGUCCAGGCCAAAGAAGAAAGUAUCACCUCGCAAAAGUCCAACGAAAGACAGACGUGAACCCAACAGAGACAAAACAAAAGAUAAAUCACCCUUGGACAAGAAGAAAGUCGCAACACCAUCUUCAGCGGAUAAAUCUAAAGCCAGAGAUAAACAUGAAAGAUCACCAGCUCGCAAGAAGCGCGAACGUUCACCACCCCCCCGGCCUACACGCAUCCACAUUGGCCGUUUGACCCUGAAUGUCACUCGUGAUCACAUACAGGAAAUCUUCUCUACAUACGGCACUGUGAAAACUGUAGAGUUCCCUAUGGACCGACUACAUCCUCACAACGGAAGAGGCUAUGCGUAUGUGGAAUUCACCAAUCCGGAUGAAGCAGAAAAUGCCAUGAAGCAUAUGGAUGGAGGCCAGAUCGACGGGCAGGAGAUCACGGCGGCGCCGGUGCUGGUGCCGUCGCGGCCCCGCCGGCCCUCGCCGCGCCCGCCGCCGCCGCGACACGCGCCGAUGCGACGCCACUCGCCGCCCAGGUACCGGCGCCGCUCACCGCCACGUCGCCGCUCGCCGCCGCGCCGGCGCCGCACGCGCUCGCGCUCGCCCCGCGCUGCGCCGCGCCGCCGCCGCUCCAGGUCCUCCUCCUCCUCCUCACGAUAGACACGCACGCCACCCAUACAUACAUACAUACACACUACUCACACAAACAUCAUACAUUCAAUUACACCAUAUCCACUCAUAUAACAUACAUACACACAUGCAAACAGAUCACACACAUAUGAGUGUGCUGUGUAGGGGAGACUAGUCUCAUACGCAAUAAUAUGCUCUAUAGGAUAAAGGAGAUAUAGCUAGGUUGUAUAGUGUAAGAGACUUGUCUGUACAUACUCAGGUUAUUUUAAUUGAUAAAAAAGGCCAGAGGCGAGAGAAACUAUGUAUUUACUUGAUGACAACCUUUAUUCAGUCUUGAUAAUGACACAUGUGACAUGCUGACAUGGAAUUGAACACCAACACAAAAAAUAUUAACCAGUAUUUAAGGAAAGCACCUAAUCCUAAUACUCUAAAGCCUAAAUUUUAUGCAUAUUAUACAAUGAUAUAGGAGUGAUAUUUUACACCUCCCUAUAUAAUACAGAGCACAUUCCAGUCUCCUCAAAGGUGAGUAUAAAUGUGUAAAAGUUCAUUCUUUUACGACAGUGGCCAGGUAAGUAUAAAUGUUAAUACAAUAAGGAAAAAACUGUAUUUAAAAAUUAUCUUUUCUUGAAAAAGCUUGCAAAACGGAAACUGACAACGUGAGUGUUCGGUGAAAAUGAACUAGAUAUAAAUUGACUAUAGUGCAAAGUGCUCUUGUAUUGUCAUAAAUGGUAAUUGUAAUGAAUGGACUAAAACUUUGUUAAUAAAUGGUCAAAAUAAA